CGGUAGUCCAAUCUCUCCACAAACACCCCCCCACUUCUCUGUGUGGAAUCCUCCCUCCCCCCCAACCAUUAACGGAAAAAGAGGCUCAACACUCUUUCUCCGAUGCUUUCGCUUCCCAUUCCCAAUCACGCUUCCUCCGAGCCUCACAAAAUACACAAAACCCCCGCGUUGUUAGAGCGCAACAACUCGCUCAACUCCGUCCUCCAACCCAUCCACCAUGCCCACCCUCGCACCUGGCUCCUCCUCACCAUCCUCUCCCUCCAGAUCCUCCUCAUCUUCACCCUCCGCUCUCUCCCUCUCUCCCUCUCCCUCCCUCACCCACUACGCCGCCAAAACCAUGCCGACAAUUUCACCUCCGCCGACCCGGCGCAGGACCCAUGCGGGUCGGAUCGGAUCUUCGUAUACGAGCUACCCGGAGCGUUCAACUCAGAGAUUCUGGCCAAUUGCGACAACUUGAACCCGUGGAGCUCGCGCUGUGACGCGCUGGCCAACGACGGAUUCGGCCAGAGAGCCACAGGGAUCGUCGGUGUCGUACCGGAUGAACUGGCUCCGGCGUGGUACUGGACGGACCAGUUCGUGUCCGAGAUUAUUUUCCACAACCGGGUCUUGAAACAUAAGUGCCGGGUUCUGGAGCCCGAAUCCGCCACGGCUUUCUACAUACCGUUCUACGCUGGACUCGCGGUGGGGAAGUAUCUGUGGUCGAAUUCGAGCGCCAGAGAGCGCGAUCGCCACUGCGAGAUGAUGUUGGGGUGGGUGCAGGACCAGCCAUACUACAAGAGAUCCAACGGCUGGGACCACUUCCUCACGAUGGGGCGCAUCACGUGGGACUUUCGGCGGUCCAAGGACCGCGACUGGGGCUCCCGCUGUAUCUACAUGUCCGGGAUGCGGAACAUCACGCGCCUCCUAAUCGAGCGGAACCCGUGGGACUACUUCGACGUCGGUGUGCCCUACCCCACCGGAUUCCACCCCAGGUCAGACUCCGACGUUAUAGAAUGGCAGCGCUUCGUCCGCGAGCGUAACCGCACCAGCCUCUUCUCCUUCGCGGGAGCGACGCGUGGCGCGGUCCGGAACGACUUCAGAGGGCUGUUACUCGGACAAUGCAAUGAGACGGACACGUGUACGGUUGUAAACUGCGCGAAGUCUCGGUGUUCGAACGGCACGUCGGCGAUCCUCGAAACGUUUCUGGGGUCGGAGUUCUGUUUGCAGCCGAGGGGUGACAGCUUCACCCGGAGGUCGAUUUUCGACUGCAUGCUGGCCGGUUCGAUCCCGGUUUUCUUCUGGAGGCGAACCGCUUAUUACCAGUACGAGUGGUUUUUACCGGUCGAACGGGAGAGUUACUCGGUUUUCAUAGACCGUAACGCGGUAAAAAACGGGACGUCUAUAAAGGAAGUGCUUGAGAGGUACAGUAAAGAGGAGGUCAGGAAAAUGAGAGAGAAAGUGAUCGAUAAUAUACCGAAGAUAGUGUAUGCGAGACCCCAGGAGGGGUUGGAGACUAUAAAAGAUGCUUUUGAUGUUGCUAUCGAGGGGGUUCUAAGGAGGUUCAGAGAGCAAGAGGAGUGGGGAUUCAAGUGGUAAUAAUGAUAUUUUUAGAUUUAUAUUUAUAUUUUAUGGAGUAGGGAAAUUUUUAUGGGGGAAGCAGUUUAUAGUUGUUACAGUUAUGUUAUUGUCAGAGUUGUGAAAAAGCUGAGGAAAUUAAGGGGAUUUGAUACAAUGUAGUUGGUACAUGUUGUAUAGAGUUAGGCAUACUGUUGGCUACGAUCUGUAUUCUUUUGUUGAGGAAUCGGGCUCAGAAUUUCUGAGUUUCAUUUUGUGCACAAAUGAAGGGUACUUUUGUAAUGGAUCAAAAGCUUUAGAACCACAUAUUGGUGGUGGUCCAUGAUGUUUGCAAGGAACAAGGGAUGAUCGACAUGAGUGGGAUGGGGUGGAUCAGGAUCAUGGAUGGGUGUUUUUGGGGACCAUGUGCAUGGGAGGCAUCGAAAAAUGUGAUGAACAAUUGAGAAAAUAAAUUACCUUGCGUUAUAUAUAUGUGAAUGGUUAUCUUUGGAGAAUGUUGUAUUGUCACUUAACAAAUGGAAUUGAGGCAUUUUGGCUA